AUGCAAGCGCUACACUCCCCCACUCUCCGCGCUUCUCCCUUGGACCCGCUUCGUGCUCCCGACAAUGCCGCCAAAAGACGAAAUGCCGCCGCCAAGCGCGUGUUCUUCGUCUCCGCCUCGGCGGCGCCCAAGGUCUCUGCGCCGCAGCGCCAGAAGGACCCCAAGAAGCGCGUGGUCAUCACCGGAAUGGGCCUAGCGUCCGUGUUCGGCAACGACAUCGAAGGCUACUACGAGAAGCUCCUUGCCGGCGAGAGUGGCAUCACCGCCAUCGAUCGCUUUGACGCUUCCAAGUUCCCCACCCGCUUUGGCGGCCAGAUCCGCGGCUUCUCCGCCGAGGGCUACAUCGACGGCAAGAACGACCGCCGCCUCGACGACUGCCUCCGCUAUUGCAUUGUUGCUGGCAAGAAGGCCCUCGAAAACGCCGACCUCGCCGCUGAUAAUCUCUCCAAGCUUGAUAAGGAGCGUGCCGGUGUUCUCGUGGGAUCCGGAAUGGGAGGCCUAACGGUGUUUUCUGACGGUGUUCAGUCUCUGAUUGAGAAAGGGCACCGGAAGAUAACGCCGUUUUUCAUUCCGUAUGCCAUUACUAACAUGGGUUCGGCUUUGCUUGGAAUUGACCUUGGGUUCAUGGGUCCUAACUAUUCUAUUUCCACUGCUUGUGCUACCUCCAAUUAUUGCUUUUAUGCUGCGGCGAACCAUAUACGUAGAGGGGAGGCUGAAUUGAUGAUUGCGGGUGGGACUGAGGCAGCCAUUAUUCCUAUUGGGUUAGGGGGUUUCGUCGCUUGCAGGGCCCUUUCCCAGAGGAAUGAUGACCCCAAAACUGCUUCAAGGCCGUGGGAUAAGGAGCGUGAUGGCUUUGUUAUGGGUGAAGGUGCUGGAGUUUUGGUAAUGGAGAGCUUGGAACAUGCCAUGAAGCGAGGCGCUCCUAUUAUUGCUGAAUACUUGGGAGGUGCUGUUAACUGUGAUGCUUACCACAUGACUGAUCCAAGGUCUGAUGGACUUGGUGUGUCUUCAUGCAUUCAGAGCAGCCUUGAAGAUGCUGGUGUGUCACCUGAGGAGGUCAACUACAUAAAUGCACAUGCAACUUCCACUCUUGCUGGUGACUUGGCAGAGAUUAAUGCUAUUAAGAAGGUUUUCAAGGACACUUCCGACAUCAAAAUUAAUGCCACCAAGUCUAUGAUAGGGCACUGCCUUGGUGCAGCUGGGGGUUUGGAAGCUAUUGCCACUGUUAAAGCCAUAACAACAGGAUGGCUGCAUCCAACAAUCAAUCAAUUUAACCCAGAACCGGCAGUAGAUUUUGAUACAGUGGCAAAUGUCAAGCAGCAGCAUGAAGUCAAUGUUGCUAUUUCAAAUUCAUUUGGAUUUGGUGGACACAACUCUGUGGUGGCAUUCUCUGCAUUCAGGCCCUGA